AAUAUCGGAACGCAGCCUAAGCAGAAUAACGUCAUCAAUGUGAGCCAAUAGGAAUCGUCGUAUGCCCCUACUUUGAUGUUCUGACUAUCAAUUUGAAGUGAUUUUCAGUUGUACUGCCGUUACGUAUGCUCGUGGUCGCAUCAUUUAUCGCAGGAUGCCGGAUUUUAAAGAGCAAUACAAAAAUCCACGUUUAGGCUUUGGCGAUGUGGAUCACAGAAGAUAUUUACGCGCUUAUAAUCACGAUAAAUCUCGUAAAGAGGUCAGAACACGGACCUUUGACAAAAAUCGUAAUCUACAAGGCAUUUCGGCGCCAACGAGCCCGAUUCUUGAUGAACGUAAGAAAAAAUUAAUAAAAUGGAAAGAAGAACGUAAUAGAAAGAAAAAAUUGGAAGCUGCCACGAAAAAACCUGCUUUCAAAGUUGGUGUUGUUCAUCAUCCCUUGUGUUCCUCGUUGAUUAAAAAUGAUAUGUCAACUACAAAUCUGAAGAUAGCAAAGGAAACCGAAGCAAUUUAUGCCCAGAGACGAAUUACAAGAGCUACAGAAAAGCGAUUACUUGCUAAAGCAGCAGCUGCUAAACAAGAGCUAAAAAAUACUUUAGCUUUUACAUCAAUAAAACACUCUAAAAUUGUUAAAACACCAACUUCUAAUACUAAAAAACAAAAAUCAUUUGCUCCUGCUAAUUAUUGUUUUAAACCUCCAUCUGGAUUGAAAAAGUUACCACUAUUUGGUCUGGUACCAAUAAAACAAACACCACAAGAAAAAGAUGUAUCAUUGAAGAAAUCUUGUGGACAAGUUUCUGAUAUCACAGCAAAAUUGGAAACUUUCGCAGUGCCGAGCUUAUCAUUAAAUAAAGAAAAAUCAUCUCUGGAAUUAAGUGAAUCGCUCAUUCAUGAAUUAAAUACUGUCGAUGAAUUAAAUACAACGUUAACAUCGUCAUUGAGAGCACAGACAACAAAUCAAAGGGACAUAAAAGAUUCUUUUCAAGAAGAUAAAUCUUUAUCGAACAGUGAUAUGAAAACUCCACCAUUACAAAAGAUUACUCCAACAUCUUUUGAAAAAGAAAAUUGUUCUAUGGAAGAUCUCAUCAUUUUUUCGCCGUACCUCACGCGAAGCCGCGGGAAAAGAAACUCUAGAAAAGAAGGACAACAACGAUUAGGUAUUAGUCGUCCAUCUAAUGAAAUUCCAACCAAAGAUACUGUUAUGCAAAAUUUAAAUAUAUGCAUAGAAGAAGAGGAACGUACCGCUCAGUAUUUCAAACUCCUUUUGAACAAAGAAACUGAUAGACUUAAAGAACUUUGUAAGAAAUGGCUAGAUAUUAAGUUAGAGAAAGAUGUUCCUGAGGAUGCUAUGUAUGAAAUCCAACAAGCAGUGGGACAAACAAAUUUGCUAAUAAAUAAAAAAUUUGAAAGAUUUCGUGGAUUAGUGCAAGACUGCGAAACUGGUAGAGGAGAAAUGCUAGUUACAUGCAGAGAUCUACAAGGAUUUUGGGAUAUGACAUAUAUGGAAGUCAAAGAUUGUGACACAAGAUUUGAAAAAUUAGAACAUCGCAGAAACAAAGCAUGGCAAGAAGAGGAAGAAUGUCUUGUUGCCAGGCCUGCUGUCAAAAAACGAACGUAUAUUAAAAAGCAAAUUGUAUCGUCAAAACCGAGUUCAUUACGAUCCUUGAUCUUGGCUGCUAGAAAAAAGAAAAUGGAAACAGGAACAUUAGAUAAGGAAGAUUUAUUGCUACAGGAUAUGCAUAUAAAUAAAGAACAUGUUACAUCAAACAAAAAUUCUUUUGAUGUGCUCUCUGAAGAAAGAAUUGAUACUCGAUGUAAUAAAAGAUCUAAAUCCUAUGAUCUUAACGAAAACAAGUCGACUUCUUCUCGACAUGAAAGCUUUAAAGAAAACGCGGUACAGAAAGCAAUGCAAUUUUCUCAAACAAAAAAGAUGAAGAGUCCAUUCGCAGCUAUGAAAAUAAGUCGAAUGUGUAAGACGCCUGAAGUUCAACUAGAUGAUACAAUAUCGUAUGUUAAUUCUGAUCAAACGCCAGGCAAAAGUAUAUUAAAGAAAUCGGAAGAAUUGGUAAAUAAAGAUCGCAUAAAAUCUGCGCAUAAAGUCAAUUUUAAUGAGCGGAUAGUUCUGACUGAGGUCCCCCUUGAUGAAGAAAUGGAAACUAAAUUAAGUUUAGCUGCUGCUUUAAACAGAAUUGACAGUCUCGAUUUGAAUAAUUUAAGCCCACAAGAAUGUAUCAAUGCUGAAAGAAAAUUAAAUUUUGAAGUUGAAGAUUCUGAUAACAACGAUGAUCCGAACGAACUAGUAUCCAAGAUACAAGCAAAAGAGAAACAAGGAUCGUCAUAUAAUAGGAAGAUUCGAUCACCUAGGAAAAACUUAAGAAAUCGGCGUAAGGAUAGAUCAAGCAAAAAAGAUAACAUAGAUAUUUUGCUUUCAACAUCUUCAUCACAAACUGUUGAAGUAAUAUCAAAAAACAUGGAAGAUAUUGAUUUAGGAAUAAAAGUACUUAGGAAUAGAACUAUUUCGAUGGAUAAUACUCCUAAAUCCAAUAGAACUAGUAGAAUGAUGACUCCAAAAAAAGAAAAUGGUAUUGAAGAAGAAAGAACCAAGAAUUCUGUGAAAUCAAGUAGAAAAAGUUCGUUAAAAUUAUUACGAAAGGACGAAAAUAAAUAUAGAACACCAAAUAAAAAUAUAAUAGAAAUUGAGAAUGUAGGACUGAUAGAGAAUAUUGCUAAAAGAAGAUCGGUUCGAAAAAGUGUUGCAUUUGAUGAGACUUGUGUAGGAUGUUCCGAAAAUAAAGCAGUAUUACCUAUGACUCCCCACACACGUAAUAAUACAUCUUUAAGACGGAGUAAACAUACACUUAACGAUGAUCUUACAUCAUAGAAGAUGCCAUAAAAAUGAUCGUAAGUUUCAGCAAUUAUAAAAAA